GCUCUAACAUCUUUAAUGCCACUUCCAAGCCAAUCCAUUCCGUGUUCCUGUGAUGUGAAAAUCUCAGCUGUGUUUUCCUGUUGAUCUAGGUAGCUGGGAAUCCUCACCCACAGUGCCAGUGCCCACAACAAGGGGCAGAGCUCUGCACCCAGCCCAGGCAGACCCUGGCCUUCACAGUGGGACGGAGCUGCCCAACAGGACGUGCUGCCCGCAGUUCUGCUCCAGCAUUCCAGAGCUCGCCCCCAAAGGGGUGCCCCAAGCAGCGGCCCCACACAGCCCUGGGGCAGCGCAGCACAGGAGGAGCGGCCCGCAGGGAUCCCCCAGCCAGUGUCAAGGGGCCGUGAGGUGACAGUGCCCCACUGAUGCCAUUGCUGUUCUCUGAGCUCACAAGGCCUCAACAGCUGUGACGCUGUUCCGUGCCACAGACAUUGCUCUGUGCCUGCCCCAUCAGCAACACUUGCUGUGGCUGCAGUGGUGGUGGUGGCAGCAGGAGACGAGUGUGGGGAGCUAUGGCCCCUGCCCAUCCUAUACUCCUCCUCCUGAUGGCCAUGACUUACUGGAAGAUGUGUGCUACUCCGUGGCAAGAACCAAGAGCAGAUGAUUACACUGGUUCUUUUAACCCAGUUGCCUGGCCGGACACGGCUUUUGUUCCUCUGAUGGAGCCCAGAGGUGUGAGUGGAGGUGAACAGGAUGCAGAAUCCCAGCUGGCUCCCGCAAUGGAAGCUAUAGCAGAUGGCAUGGAAAUCUCUCCAGGGAGGGCCGUGCCAAACACGCAGCUGCUUCCUGCACUGGAACCCCGCUGGUAUCCCAGGGGUCCUGUGAGACAGAGAGGGAACUUGGGAAGACGAAGAUAUUUGCAGAGGUUUUCUCACGUCCCAAAGACAGUCACGAGGGAGAAUGCAGUGCCUGAGAUCGACGGAGAGCCUGUGGAUGAGGCUGCAUUCCAGGAGGGCAGAAGCUGCACACUGCCCAUCUCCUGUGAAGACACAGAGGACGUGCGAGCAGCUGGCGCUCCAGGAAAAGGCCAUGCAGAGAGCUCUGUGGCUGAUGGUGCAGGUGCUGAAGAACCCGCAAAUGGCGUCCGUGUGAAGGAUGUCCCCAUGUUCUCCUUAAAAGGCGCUCUUGCUGUGUUUGUUCCUCUUCUGCUUGUCACAGUUUGGUGCUGCAUUUGUGUCCGGCGGCGAAGGCAGAAACACCAGCAUCUCACAGGAUCCACCAAAGCCCAGCGUGCAAAGUGUGCUGCCCGCGAACGCUCACUGCAUCCAGACAGAGAGCCAGCCCCAUACAAAGCAGCGGACAGACGGACUUGGCAGCAGCAGCCUCCACGUGUGCCAGGACAUCCUGCCUGGGUGCCGCAGAGCCCAUACAGAUCAUCCCCCUCCAGGCCAGAGAACACCUUGGCUCCGCUGCCCCUGGCGCAGCCCCCGUGGCCCCCCAGCCCGGCCCACUCCACCGUGGCAAAGCAGAAGAAAUCGAGUCGCCCCAAGCCCCGCUGGCCACUGCCACCAUCACCACUCCCAUCCUCCAGGGGUUGGCAGCAGUCCCCCUGGGGUAGUGUCCGGGAACCGUGUCCCACACCUGGACAACCCCUGCUGCGAUCAGCGGUGGCUUUCCAGAUUGCUCGUGCAGCAAGAAAUAAGAAACAGCUGUGUUGACCA